AUGCAGCAGGUCCUUUGCAUAUUUCCUUUGCGACACCCUGCAGGGGUGGAGAGUGAUUUAGAAGUCAAAGAACGUGGAUGGUGGAGCGAUUCCAGGGACGAAGACCGAGCAGCACAUAGAUCAGCACCUUCUAAUCCAAAAGUAAGGGAGGAAAAAGCUCGAGCUCAAGUUGACCAUCCUGCUAGCUCUACUGGUGGUACUGGAAGAUGGGAACACAGAGCUCAUGAUCGUCGCCCUUUGGAAAGAAACGAGCAUGACCGAGGAUAUGUAAAGGAGAGGUCGUUUUCAAACCGAGGACGAGUUGAAAAUACUGGCUUUCCUCCCAGAGGCAGGUUUAAUGGUGCUGAUGAUAAUGGCAAAUUCAGGGGGAGGGAGAAUUUUGGUGGAAGACAAGGGUAUCGUUCAAGUGGUUCCCAGGCUGAGAAGUGGAAGCAUGACUUGUAUGACGAGGCUAAUAGAAGUCCACCCCCUAAAAAGGAGGAAGAUCCGGUAGCGAAGGUGGAAGCAUUACUUUCUUUGUAGAUUGGGCAAGGCUUGGUAGAAUCACUGUUGUUGGUUCUAGAUUGAGGACUUGUUAGUUUGUGUAAUUCUUAUAUGAUUGUCUAAUGUCUAGUGAUUCUAAUUUGGCAAUGUUAAUUGAUCAAGCCUUUUACAGCUUUUGGUGUGCUGGGAGGACUUUGUUUUGUACAUUUGGCAUACAAUUGCCAAUUGUUGUGAUUGAUCCUGGCCGUCCUGCAUUUCUCUAUGCUAUAUUAAGACAACGCUUGAAGCAUGAAUUUGUAACUCCAUUCUACAGCAGACCUUGAAGGUUCGUUUUUUCUACAUCUUUCGCUUUUGCUAA